AUGGCUACUUCUGUCACUGUUGAAGAACUCAAAUGGUUCCACUCCAUUGAUAGAGAUAUAUUCACUAUUCUAGUUAUCAACUUUGGCCGUAACAUUGCAGAGUCUAUGAGGAUCAUUGGCCUUUGGUUAUGGCUAGAAGAGAUGGGUUUUCCUAAUAUCAUCCUUCCACUUCUCUCAUCCUCCGACGCCAUUGUCGAAUUGGUGGCAAGGGAAGCUGUCCUAUGCUUGAAUUGUAUCGACAAAGAUAGGUCUCCGGCAGGUAAUGAGAUCCCUUCCACUAAGAGACUUAUGAAGAGAGAAAUUUCUCUUUCAUUCAUUCGUAAGAAUAGGGUCUCUGCAGUUGGUAGAAUUUCUCAGUUUGUCUCAGAGAUUGGACUAGCAUUUACUGAUAUUGUGGAGAAAGCUGUUAAUAACCGGUCUAAAGUAAUGGGUUCUCAUGCUUCUAGGGUUAGGCCCAUUGGGUCCAGUUUUAAGAUGGGUGGCCCAAGUUCUGCCUUCCUUCCAUGGUCUAGUUCUUGUCAUCCUAAGAAGGGUAUGGCCUCAUUAAGCGCCUCAUCAGAUGAGAGGACCAUAUUUGUAACCUUCUCUAGGGGAUACCCUGUUUCAGAAAGUGAACUCCGGAACUUCUUCAAUAUGAAAUAUGGAGAAUGUGUAGAGUGCAUUUAUAUGCAGGAAGUGUCAGCUUAUGGACAAGCCCUAUUUGCUCGUGUGGUUUUUAGAUCAAUUGCAACCAUGGCAGUUAUCCUUCAAGGUAUGGAAAAUGACGGAAAAGUGAAGUUAUUGAUAAAUGGAAAGCAUGUUCGAGCAAGGAAAUACUUCUCCAAGUGA